AUGAUGGUUUUUUCUUUGUUAUCACCGGAUUCCAGACGAGAACAUGAUGAUGAUCGUCGAACAAGUCGACGAGAACGAAAACGUUCACCAAGCCGUUCACGAUCACGUUCAUCUUCACAUGAAGAACGUCGAUCAUCUCGACGUCAUCACCGUCGUUCACGAUCACGUUCCCGUUCCAAGAAAGAAAGUAAACGAAAACGUCGUUCACCAUCAAGUCAAUCACCAGCUGAAGAAAAAAAACGAUCUGGUCAACGAAGUUCAUCACGUGAUCGUUCAUCAUCACCAGUUGAUAAGGCUCGUCGUGAUCGUUCAUCUCGAUCACCCUCAAAAGACGAUAAUGAUGAGAAAAAAGAAGGAAAUAAAAUUGAUAAUGAUAAAUCAAUAAACGAAAAAAUUGAUCAAGAAGAAAAUGAUGAAAGUCAUUCAUCACCAGCAGCGGGAGAUGCUGAUAUGAAGAACAAUGAUGAAGACUAG